AUGACCCGAAAUGGACGGAAAGUGUAUCUCCUAGUGUACGUUGACGAUUUGUUAAUUGGCUGUGCAUUUGAGGAGGAGAUAAAGCGAGUGUACCAUGAACUGAAGAACCACUUUGAGGUGAAUUGGCUCGGAGAUCCCAAGUAUUUUUUGGGUUUGGAGAUCCGCAGAGACGCCGAUGGAGUAUUCAGUCUGGGAGUACAGCAGUACAUCCACAAGUUGAUUCUGAGUCUGGGACUCGAGAACGCAAAGGUUGCCCGAACGCCAAUGGACACAGGUUAUAUGAAGAUUGAAGAGAAGGGCAAAGAGUUUGCUGAUAACUCCAAAUACCGUAGCAUUGUAGGAGCUCUGAUGUACGUUGCAACCUGUGCUCGACCCGAUAUCGCAGCAAGCAUUUCAAUAUUGGGUAGGAGCUUCGAGGCACCGAAGGAAAGCGACUGGACAGCGGCCAAAAGAGUGGUCAGAUAUCUUAAGGGGACAGCAGACUGGAGACUGCGACUAGGAGGUGAAACGGCUAACAAUCUGGAGGUAUUUACAGAUUCCGAUUGGGCCGGUGAUUCCAGAACCAGGAAGUCGAUGACCGGAUACAUAUUGUUUUUUGGAGGAGGAGCUGUGGCCUGGACAAGCCGAAGGCAGGGAUGUGUCAGCCUAUCCUCAAUGGAGGUCGAAUACGUCGCCCUUGGCGAAGCAUGCCAGGAGGUGGUGUGGACGCGACGUCUUCUCAAAGAUCUUGGCGAAAAGCAAACCGAACCGACUCUGAUAAACGAAGACAACCAGGGCUGUUUAAACUUCGUUCAGUCCGAAAGAACAAAUAAGAGGUCGAAACACAUCGAGACCAAACAGUGCUUCAUCCGUGACUUGGUUGAACAAGGUGUAGUGCAUCUGAAAUACUGUCCCACUGAAGUGAUGAAGGCGGAUAUUCUUACCAAGCCGCUUGAUGCGGUGAAACAUACCCGAUUCGCUAAGCUAAUUGGACUCGUGGCUGAUUGA